UAAUUUCUUGUGUUGACCUCUUGUUGAUAUUGUGUGGGUAUUCAUUACAUACUUUGACUAUGCACAUCAGAUAGAAAUAAACAUCUGAAAAUCAAUGAGGAAAAAACAGAUUCAAACAGUGGCUGUGCAGGGCACUAAACCAAAAACCAAGAAACCUUUGGAUAAAGUUUGUGCUGUAAAAAGAGAAAAUGGUAAACACACUUCCACUGUUCACCCAGCAGCCAAAGUACGUUUACCUUUCAAAUCUGCCCCAGGUUUCUCUCUCUACUCAGAUUCUGAACAUGAAGAUUGUAGUACACAACAGAAAAAUAAACAAAUCAAAAGUGGACCAAACAUAAAUAGCUUACAAAAAGCCCUACACAACAGUGAUCUAGUGGAGAAGAGCGAAAAUGAAGUAGUCACACAAAUGCAGGUACAAGCCAAAUCUGAACAGUCAACAUCAAAAUUCAUGAAUGGUUUAAACGACGUCACACCUUUAGAAAAUAUAAACAUUCCUGAAGUAGUGACACCGUUUAACAAAAGGCUUGUUUCAUCCACCCCUGACCCUGAGCGUCUGCUAGAAGCAGACAUGCAGCAGCAACAAGCGUACACAUCUGGUCCCACAUCUCUCCUAGCCAGCAUUCUCUCACAACCACCCCGCAGUGUCUCUCCUCAGACAGUCCCUGAGCGGGACCUAGCCUGGCCGCCACCUCCCAUGUCCACUGGGGUUAAGCAGCAAAGACAAGCAUCCCAGGAGAAACCUGCCCUUCAACCACCUGAACAGUUGUUCCAUCACGCAUUGCCUGGUUAUGAACUCCGACAACUGUCUCAGAUAGAAAACGAAGGUGGUUAUUCUUAUAAUAAAUUUGUUUCUCAACAUCCAAUUUAUAAAGCAGAAUGGCUGGAAGAAAUGGAGGAUGUCGCCCACCGCAAAAUAUUACCACCUAAAGACCCUAAGAAAGAAGGGAAUAAAAUUACUUUAAGCUCUGGAAAAUUUCCUUCUGUAUCGCAUAUAAAUUCAUCAGAUAGAAAACCUCGACAAAAAUCGUUUCAUCCCAUAGAAGCACAGUCCAGUGUCCAUCACAACAAUGAAUUAAAUCAUGACAGUAAAUCUAGUGCUUUUUCUAAGCCGGGGAAAUCUGUAACUAGCACAGUCCAAAGAAAUUCCAGGUCUAUAAAAGCUGACCAAUUAAAAAUGAGUGUUGAAAAGACCAAGCCAAUCAGCAUGCUCCAAAACAACUCAAAAGUUGAAUCUGUGGAAAGAAGAGCAGAGAAGGAAAGAGAAGGACCAGUAAAGUAUUCUCCCCCAACUGUAGAAAUAAGAAAUAUAGUGCUUAUACCAACUCAACCAGAUGAAGACACAGGAUCCUUGGAAGUUAGUCGAAUAAUGAAUUGUUCAAAUAGUGAUGAAGUGGGGGUAAAAACAGGCAUCACAAAUGUUGAAAACAGAUCACCUUCAAGUGAUUCGUCAAACUUAAGCCAAGUGAUUGAGUUUUUAAAAACAGGUGCAUUUAAUUUGAGCAGUGAGAAACAGAGCGCUGUAAGCUUGGGCAGUGAGCAACAGGGUGCUUUUAACUCCAGCAGUGAGAAACAGGGUGCUUUUAACUUGAGCAACGAGAAACAAGGUGCUUUUAACUCAAACAGGGAGAAACAAGAUGCUUUUAACUUGAGCAAUGAGAAACAAGGUCCUUUUAACUUGAGCAAUGAGAAACAAGGUCCUUUUAACUUGAGCAAUGAGAAACAAGGUCCUUUUAACUUGAGCAAUGAGAAACAAGGUGCUUUUAACUUGAGCACUGAGAAACAAAAUGUUAAUAACUCUAGCAGUGAAGAACAAGGUAUUGAACCUGAAUUGGAAGAGGUUACCAUUGAUGUCUCAAAAAAUUCCAUUAGAGAUCUAAACAACUCUCCUGAAGUUCCAAUAGAUGUUUCUAAAAAAUAUGAAGCCACUGAUAAAAAUGUAUCUCUAGAAGAUCAGAAUUUACAGGAUAUCAUGAACUGUUAUCUCCCCUUUCGAGAGCAAAGGGAAACCAAUCCAAUCAAUGAGGAGAACACUCAACAAGGUUCUGUAUCAAGAACAAACAGUGAGGAUGAGGAUAAAUUAAUUGAUAAUAAGGAUGAAGGUGGGAAUGUUAACCAGAACUAUAACAGUGAUAAUGAGCAAGAUCAUCCCCGACCUAGAAGAAAUUUGGAGUACUUAGAAAAAAUGGCUGACCCCACACUUCGAGACAUUGCUUGCCGACUUACAUUUAAGGCUACAGCAUUACGUGAUGUGGAGCUGCGAGAUCUAAUUGAUGAUAUGUUAUACUACACUGAUGCAGCUCUAGGUAGAGAGGUUGUGCGAUGUCAUUCAGCUCAAAUGGACUUAGCUAAAGAAAAUAGCAAAUUGAAAAAGAGACUUCAAAUGUUGAACCAACAGCUGGAUUUCAAGGAAAGACAAGAGAGAAUAAAUGCCAGUAAUGGUAUUACAAGAGAGGAUGUGUUGCAUCUGGAAAGGAAGAUUCUGUUCUUAAAACAAGAAAAGGAAAAACUAGACAAGCAGGUAACAAACCUGUUGGAAGAGAAAGCAAGAUGGCUGACCACGCAACAAGACCUUGUGAAAACCAUCAGCAUUAAGGAUCAUGAACUGCUUAAAUUGGAUGAGAGAUAUCUAGAGGAAAAGAAAGCCCUUCACAAGUCACUAGAACAAGCCACCCAAAACUCUCAGGGUGUUCACUAUAAACUAUCAGUGGCAGAUAGGCAGGUCAGCAACCUUGAGCAGAGGCUCAAGUGUAAAGACCUGGAGAUUGAUGACUUGAAGGAAAAACUGAAAGAAGCUAAUGAAAAACUUCUUUUGUGUGAAAGCCGAGCUCUGAAAAAAGAUGAAGAGAUGAUGCGGAUGCAAGAUCUUGUAGACACCUUAAAAGUGGGUGUGGACAAUGUCCUUCAAGCUUAUGAAGCCAGCUCAUCACAGGAUGCAACAUCAGCACAGAGACGAGGCAUAGAGAGGCUUACAGUGAUAGCACAUCCAGAGCGGUACAGUGAACAUUUGGAAGCUGACGAUCAUGCUACAAAGGGAUUGCGAAGAACCGUGCCCACUAGAGAAACCAGACAGCCAGUGAGGCCCCAGAAAUUCUCAGCACCUAAAAGAAAUGGGAAGGGACCAGCACCUGUGCCUAAAGUUCAGCGUGGAAAUUUGGAACCACAUCCUAACAGAGUUCAGAUCUUGAGAGACAGCCAAACCAAACAAAAAGGCGUAAGCAGGCUAACUCCUCAAGCCUUGGAAGAACACAAUCGACACAUGUCACCAGUAGACCACAGAAUGUGGAGGAGUUUAGAUGAGGCACUAGAGCUAUCACCCCCCGUUGAUCCGGAACCUUACUAUUCUGAUUCUGAAAUUGAAGUUCAGCGUGACUAUCAGCGAAGGCUGUCUAAAAAACACACCGAUAAAAAAAGUAGCGAGGAACCAAAAACAUGGACGGGAACUCAAAGAAAUGAUUGGAGAGAGAGCAGACAACGGAGAAAAAGUGAAAAUGAUAAAGGUACAAUUCUUAUGAGUACACGCAGUCAUGGCAAGGAUAAAAAUGCUGUUUCUUUAUCCAAAGAAGCCGAUGACAAUUAUUACAAUCCAUCAACCAGUGUGCAGCAGUUUAGUGAUUUCCCUACAAGGGCUCUUAACAGAGAACACGAAUUAGACGCAGACAAUGAGAGUAUAGAAACGGAGUACUCAACACUGAGAUCAGAGACAAUACCCAAGUCUCUUUGUAAUGAGCGCCAGCAUCUCGACACAACACCAUACUCUACUUUGAGGUCGGAAAGCUUGCAGCAUUCAUAUGGGAGUGAAGAGGCAAACAUCCCUCACCAACAUUCACGUGAAGCUCCUAGGCAUGUUUCUAGAACUGAUCACGAGCCUGGUCCUUCAUCAACCCAACACUCUACUCAGAAAACGCAUAAUGGUUCCUCAUCUAAAUGCUCAAGGAAAGAACCUCCACAGCACAAACACCACUCUGAGAGAUCUUUGAACUAUCAUGUGGAGCAUAUACCUUACAGACCUCAUGUUUCUCAUGAAGAAAGCAGGCGAUCCAACCCAAGAUUUGACGAAAACAUCCCACACACUUCCUCAGUCGCAACAGAAGAUUGGUAUGAGGAAGAAGAGUAUUAUCAUCCACAGCGUGAAACCAAUCAGCAUCAUACAUUGCAUGAUUCUGAUCUGUCUAGGCUUGAGUUUUAUAGAGUUGAGGCUAAUAAAUCUCAAAGAAAAAUGAGCGAUAGAGCAUCACAGUCAUAUCCAGAAGUUGCUGAAGUUUAUUGCCCUGAUACAUCUAAAGAGUUCUCCAGAAAUUCUUAUUUUAUAAAUGGGCCUUCCCAGAGCUCUCCUAUUCGUACAUCAGACACCUCACUAUCUAGAAGAGCUACAAAAGGAAGUGAUAAUGUAAACACCACACAAAAAGAUUUCUUUCAAGGGACAGAAUUCUCCAAUUCCUUAAGUUCAAUUUCUGAUAAUGAUAUGGCACAUGCUUCCUGUAAUAAUAUUAAUAAUCAUUUCACAUCUAUGGAGGACGAUCCAUUCACAACAGGAAUAGCAUCUCUGGAUGAAAAAAUUGCAAGCUUGCAGAAGAAAAUAGACAGGACAAAGGCUAUUUUUUCUUAA